AGCGCGAGCACGUACCCUAAGUUUAGCGGUGACUGACGCGAGAAAUGGUUCAUCGAUGAGGAAUGGAAGAACAAGGCUCGGAAACGCCCCUCCCCACAACUGUGCCUCUGUGAAUGACAAAAAGUAUUUUUAGCAGAUGUUGUCAUGUUGCGUUAACGUGUAGUAUAAAGGAAGACGCGCAAAAUGCAGCUUUACAGCAGCGCGCUAACACACUGCCCGGGCUCGGCGCAGAAAUUUAGAGUGAGUGUUGCGGCGAGUGACAAGAAUCCCGCAGUGGAAUCGAGUUUUUACGCCAAUAAGGAAACCUGCGCAGAAGCUUCAGGCGCGGAGAACUGGACAGACGCGAACAUGCCCGCGUUUUCGUGUUACGAGGCCACAGUGAGGCCCGUUUUCUACACGUCCAAAGCGGAGAUUGUCAUCACAAGGCCGGAUGGUGUGGAGAAGUGUGUUCCUACUCAAAUCACGCAGGAUCUGCACACAUUCCCCGAUGCUGUAAAUAAUACACACAGUGCUCCGGGUACAGAGAACAAGAUCCAUCAGUCAGAUGUUGGUUUCACUUGUGACCAUGGUGAGAUUCAGAGAAGGAGCAAAUCGGACAUUCUUGAGAAUAACAGUGAGAUAACUGAAAGCAAUUCACUCAAUUUACACAGCUUUUUAAGAAGUGACAGUAGAGUUUGUAAUGAACUGGUACUAUCUGUCUUUGAUGAAAGUGAAACAACAAAAAGCUGUUCACAAAGCAUUCCGUUCACUUGCAAACUGGAAAACUCGUUGCUAAAAAUCAAACGUCAGCAGGAUGAUGAAGAUGAAGUGCUAGGGGACCCAGUGCUGGAGCCUGAGGUAUCUCAAGAGCCUGCAAACAGGAUUGAUCUCAAUGAGAAGGUUAUCCAGUACCUGGCAGAGGUGGAGAAACAGAACAGAUAUCUCCAAGAGAGAAAGAAAUACCGUUUUCACAUCAUCCCAGAUGGAAAUUGCCUGUACCGCGCAGUGUCAAAAGCAGCAUAUGGUGAGCAAUCAAUGCACAGUGAUCUAAGAGAGCGCACAGUAUAUCACAUUGCUGACAACCUGGAUGAGUUCAGUCCUAUUAUUGAAGGGGAUGUGGGUGAAUUUUUAAUCAAUGCAGCACAAGAUGGUGCCUGGGCUGGCUACCCUGAGCUACUGGCCAUGAGCCAAAUGCUGAAUGUGAACAUCUUCCUGACCACAGGAGGCAGUCUGGCGAGUCCCACUGUCUCCACUAUGGUACACUAUCUGGGGGCAGAGGACUUGACGAAACCAGCCAUCUGGUUGAGUUGGCUAAGUAAUGGCCAUUACGAUGUUUUGCUCGACUGCUGCCUGCCUAACCCAGAGUAUGACACUUGGUGCCUGCACACACAAGUGCAACGAAAACGUGAUGAGGAACUUGCCAGGUCCAUGGCAGCUACUCUGUCCAAAAUGUACAUAGAGCAGAAUGGCUUUCAGUAGCCAUUUCAUGUACAAGUUUUAUAUUUUUACAGCUUAAUUCUGGUUCCAUGGUGUUAAUUAAAACAAUGCUUGCUCAAAUGACUUGAAUCUUCACAAAAUAAUAUCAAAGUAGAUUAUCUGUCGUUUUUGGAAAGAGCUGUUAUAUUGUAGGCUAUAUGAUUCUGAUUCUCUUACAGCUUAUAUAUUUCUGAUGACAACACAAAAAUUCUGUGAUUCCUUUUGAUGUGAAUUAGGGUAAACUAAAGUUUGGUUGCCAGCAAUAUCACUCACAUUGCAAACAUUUACACAAUCUGACUGGAUAAUUAGGUUGAUUUAAGUUAUGAACUGAUAUAGGUGCCUUAUAACGUAACUUUAUAAUGUUUUAAGUGCAUUCAUUUAUGAUCAGGGACACUGAUACAAAGACCCAUUUGCAGUGAAAUACUGUACUGCCGUCUUAAGUACUAAUAUACUGCCUCAUUCUGUAUUUUAUAAAUUUACAUGCACUUCUGAUUCGUCAAUUGUUCUUUAUUACUUUAUUUAUUCUAAUCUUGUGUAUUCUUAUAUAAGAUUUUAAGGGCAGUGCACAUUAUCAUUGUAAUAUGCAGAUUAGGUGCAUGAAUGUUGCUAUUGUGUACAUACCAGAAGGAUUUUACAUUUUUAUAUAUUUUCUUACUUCUGUUCUCUUAAAAAAGGUAUAUUGCACUGUGUAUAUUGAUUUUUAUGUAGCCUAUGAUUUCUGAAGCUGUUAGAUUUUAAACUUAUUCUUGUAAA